ACACCCACUCCUGCUCUUACCUUUCCGAGACUCCGUGUUGCGAACGCUUGGAGAGCCGCUCUUCAGCGGUCUUGGCACACCGGCGUCCUCGUACAAAAACUUCUCGAAAGUUUGACCCUGGUAGUGCGAGCAAGCUGGAUUCCCGGAGCCCUUCACCAUGUCCGGCGGCUUUUAGGUACUCCAUGGAGCAAGCAAACCUGUACGAGGCAGCCCCUCGGCCCCAGAGCGCCUACACGUACGGCUACAAAGACGACCUGAGCGCGAUCUGCGAGAACGAGAGCUCCAUCGACAUCAGCGCCUAUAUCGACCCGGGCGCGUUUAACGACGAGUUCCUGGCAGACCUGUUCCACAGCGGCGCCCGACACGAGAAGCUCAAGCUGGCGAGCGGCGAGUACGAGUACGGCCACGGUAUGGGCGCGCCGGGACCCCAGCACUCUUACGGGUGCGUGACGAGCUACGGCGACCCGGCCAAGCUCGACCCCACGUACGACAACCACGAGGCGCGCAUGAGACCGGUCGCGAUCAAGCAGGAGCCGCGGGAGGACACUGAGCUGGGGCACGGCACUCAGUCUGCCUACCAGCAGCAGCACCCGCACCUGUCACACCUGCAGUACCAAGUCGCGCACUGCGCACAAACCGCCGUGCACCUGCAGCCGGGUCACCCGACGCCUCCACCCACCCCGGUGCCCAGCCCGCACCACCAACACCAGCACCAGCACCAGCACCCCCAUCAGCAGCAGAGCAGCCUCAUGAAAAUGAUGCCCAUCGGCACAGAUCGGCCCAAAAGUAAGAAGAACGUCGACAAGGGCAGCGUAGAGUACCGGCUGCGGCGGGAGCGCAACAACGUGGCCGUGCGCAAAAGCCGCGACAAAGCCAAAAUGCGCAACGCCGAGACGCAACAUAAAGUAAUGGAGCUGUCGUCGGACAACGAUAGACUGCGCAAGCGGGUCGAGCACCUCACACGCGAACUGGAGACUUUGCGGGGCAUCUUCAGACAGCUGCCCGACGGCUCGUACGUCAAAGCCAUGGGCGGCUGCGCCUAACAGGACAGACUGUGUUUAUUCGCACACAAUGUGUUUUCCGCUGGAUGUGUACCAGAUGUGAUCUUACUGAAACUGUUUCUACAGAAAGAAGCCAGGCAGCUGCGAUCUAUCUACAUGUGCCUUUUUGUACCAAAAAAAACGAACUCGAUAAGCUCCUCGUAUAGUUAACAGUGGACUUAUUUUUUGUGCAAAUGUGCAAAACAGCGCAGCUCACAUAGGGCAUGAUUUCACUUCAGCAGCAGUUAAAUUUUCUCAAAAGGUACAACCUUUCUUAUAUUUGUGUUUGUUUAAGAUACAAAACUGCACGGCUUCGCUUUGAUGUGCACUGACUUCAAACUUGUGCCAUUCCUGCGCCAUGUGUAAGGUAAUACUGGGAUUUGCCUACAUAAGACUAAAAUCGUGCCAAAGUAAAGGACUGGAACGCAACCACUACAGUGCUUAAUAAUGUGUCAAAAGUGAUAGAUAUAUAUCGUACCAGCUAUGAUGUAAUGAAAGGUUUAUUGUGUACUAUUUGGGAUAAUAGCCAAAUCCAACUGUGGUGCCCUUUGGAUUGUAUGCACUAUGUGUCGUCAGAUUGUACGGCCUUAUUCAUGAAGCACAUUUUGCUAUGACAGAUUGCCAUAUUUUCUAAAGCUCGGGUACUGACUGAUGGGAAGGCCGCCUGAUUGUGUGUAGCUACAUUCUUAAAAAUAAAGGUGCCAGAAAAGGUUCUUUAUGGGAAAUCCAAAUGCAAAUCAGGUUUGGCUUCAUGACCAAUCACUUAUUGUCUUUUAGAGUUGUUUGGUGGUACAAUAUAUAAUAAUCAUCAAUUUGCACCAAAUAACCAAAAACAUUGAUCCAGAGAAUCAUCCAUUCCUAAAAGUCUCCACCAGAAAACAUUCUUGAAGGUCUUUUCAUCAAAUAUUUUUUAGGGAACCGAGCAACACACCAAGCAAAGAACCGUUCUUCUCUGGCACUGUCAUUUUGAAGUGUACACGGGCGCUUUUUUACAGUCCAGCUUUUGUAUUUAUGCAGCAGAAUUUAGGUGAAAUGUGAAAAGGAGCCUCUCUAUGCAAAGACUGUUGGCUAACUAGCAGUGAUGGUGCUCUCUGUGUAGCCGAGUUGAUUCCGGAGGAGAUUCCAAUCUCAGUGCCUUUUAAUUAUUAUUAUUAUUUUGUUGUCUCCUCGUCUUCAUCACCACUGGGAGAACUGUUGUUCCGGAUUCUCCAAAUGUUAAAUAGCUAUAUUACAGGCUACAGAAAGAAAAAGUAAGCACUUUUUUACAGCCAUCAUAUUGCAAAUGUUAUAUAUGAAUGUUUGUUUUUAAAAUGUGUCUCAGUUGUAAAACGAACAUGAUAUAUAUGCCAAAAAUUAUGAAUUAUAAUGAUGAUAAUAAUAAACAAAAUGGUGUUACAUUG